AGAGCAUAUUCGACCGGCCCGAACCAAUACCAAGUCUUCCAGUCCUUCGGCACGCCUUUAGGGUACUUUUUCCGAACCAUUGCCCGCACUGCGCGUAUCAUCACCCUCUCGGGUCUCACAAUUGCGCUCGUCACCCUGGGAAUCUUCGAAGGGACGCAUCAAUAUGUCGAGCACAUUUCCAUGCCUCGAGCUAUCGCGCACGCCGCAGAGGCAGUGGAGCGCGGCGAGGACGAGUGCGGAUGGGAGGAGGACUACCUGGACGACGCGUCAUGGGCUGCUCGAGGUAUCUCUGGCACUGACUCGCGCCUUUCGACCAAGGCGAGACACGCUGUCCGUGCUGCAUGGAUCGCCAUCAAUCUCGGUGGAGGCCUCUCGCCGACGCUUCUUUCCGUCGGUGCUCCGGACGGUUCCACCGAGAAGGAAGUAGCGCGCAUCCGUCUGCGAGAAGCAGCGCAAUCAGGGGAUAUGAACAUCGACAAUGGUUUGCGCCUCGCGGAGGGGUACCUUGAUGUCGCGCUCAAAGAGGCCGAACGGCAGGGUAUGCGCGUACCAGAUAGCAUUGCUCUCGGAUCCAUGAGCGCGCAGCAAGUCUCUGCUGCGGUAGAUCCAACAUCUGCAGCGCUAGAGACGCAGCUCGCAGAUGCGCGAGUAAGGAUCGGCACCCCGCAGUCGAUGUCACUCGCGAUUGAGGGAUACGAGCGUUUGUUCAAUGCAUUUGGCUGGUUGGACGACGAAGCAAAGCGCAAGUGCGGCGUCACGACGCAGCGGAUGGUCAGGCUCGCAAGCAGGAUAGGAGCACUGUACCAAGGGCUGGGUCAGCGAGGCGAGGCGGAGAACUGGUACAUGCGAGGCAUCUCGCUCAUCCCGUCGACAGCAGCCGGUACCAAGGAGGACGCUGACGUCCGCAUCGAAGCGGCCGCCAAGAAUGGCAGCAGCAGCACUGCGACGCCAAGUUUAACACGUGCUCUCGUCUCAUCCCUGCUGGGCCUCUCAUCGCUCUACGCUACACCUCCACAAGGAGAUUCCUCAAGGCUAGAGGUCGAUCGGACCUUCCGCGCUAGUCUUGAAAAGGCGCUUGGCAUUCAAACUUCUGCACUUCGAAUGAUUUGUUUCGAGCUGCAGCGCCUCUCUAUGCCAGCAUCAAGCGCUGCGCAGCCAGAAGGAAAGAAUAUUGAAACACAUCCUUCGCUUGCAUUGCCUGCGUCCCCAUCUACCUCUGGCAGUGCCGAAGCAGCCGCAUUGCUGGCGAUUAAUCCGCUCCACUACCGCUUGCAUCCGGACGCAAGUGCGUCGAAAGAGCUGUACUGGCUCUGGGCCCUGCAUCAUGGCGGACAGGCCAGCCUGCACAUCGCUGAGACGAUCUACGCACUG